GUUGAAAGGCAUUCAGAGGGGAAAACAGACGCCUCGAGAACGGAGAAGAUUCUAAAGCAAGGUAGUGCCUUUUGUUGUGUUGUUGUGUGCGUGAUAACGGGAGAAGUGUAGGACGGGAAUCACGUUCCCGACAUGGACGCCAUCCAUCUCCCUACUUCUUCCUCCUCGUCCACCUCCAGCCACAACGAUGCAAUUUUAGAUACAUUUGUGGAGUUCCUGUUCAGUGUGUUUGGGAGCAUGGCAGAGCCUGAACCUCAAGCAGAAGUGAACCCAAAUGUGGGCUCUAAUCAUGCAUCAUCUUCACCCAUCAAUAAUACCAACAGUACCAAUGGGAACAACCGGACUCGCAUGAAUCCCAACCCAGUGAUGAAUAUUCGGGAUAGACUGUUUCAUGCACUGUUUUUCCGUGUAGCCCUGGCAUAUGCCAGAAUAUUUCCAAAGCCUUUGAGGAGGCUUUUAGAAUUCUUUAUUCUCAUGAAGGCUGUUUUUGCUCUGUCUAUCCUGAUCUACAUGCAUGUGGUAUUCUCCCAGACUCCUGCCAACUGCCUCGAUCAUAUCAAAGACAAGUGGCCAAGGGAUGGUAUCCUACGAGUUGAAAUUCUUCAACCAGGUCAUGAAGAUGAGAUAGGAAGAGCAGAAACCCUUCCAGUUACUCCUGAAUCUCUUCCAGGAGAGUUUGAUAGCAGUUGUGAAAAUAACCGUGCAGAACACCCCUUCCAAGAAGGAGUGCAUAUGGCUGAAGAUGAACAACCAUGGUAUGCAGACCCUCCUGGGGAAGUGAAAAGUGAAAUCAUUGAAGAGAGCAAGGAAGGAAAUACCUCUCACCAAGCUGAAGCAGAUGACUCUCUUCGAAUUCAAACACCUCAUCUCACACCUGAGAUUGAUUCAUCUGAGAAGGUGUCAGGGAUCCUUGUAGUCUAUCUGGGUCGGGUACCCAAAUGCGUAGAAGGUGAAGAAGGAAUUGACCCUAUGGUGGCAUCUAGGACAGUCUCCAUUGCCACCCUAUUGGGUAAUGGAGAGAAAGGAGCAAGAGGGCUUUCGAGGGUUCGAGUUUUUGGAGAAGAUGCUGGUAAUGGCACAAUGAAGGGAGCUGUGCGAAAAGAGGGAGAUCCUAAAGUCAUAUCCAGUCCCAUCCCAGAUACUGUCUCUGAAUUUGAAAUGCUCACCAAUGCAGUGUGGCCCUCUAAUGAGUAUAUAGUGGAGUACUCCCUGGAAUAUGGGUUCCUGCGUCUUUCCCCAUGGACAAGGCAGCGACUAAGUAUCCCAGUGAUGAUUGUUAAGUUGGAUCCACAGAAAGAUGCUUGCUUUGGAGAUGACCUCAGUCGCUUGAUCCUGGAUAAAGUUCUUGGCUAUGAUGACAUACUUAUGGCCAGCAUCAAGAGCCUAGCUGAGCAUGAAGAAAACAAAGGCUAUCUCAGGAAUGUUGUGACUGGAGAGCAUUUCCGAUUUGUCAGCAUGUGGAUGGCCAGAACCUCAUACUUGGCUGCUGCUUUCAUCAUGAUAGUUUUUACUCUUUCGAUCUCCAUGCUCUUGCGUUAUUCCCAUCAUCAAAUCUUUGUCUUCAUUGGGAUGGAGACAAUCAUGUCAGAAUUCUUUAACGACACAACGACGGCCUUCUACAUCAUCUUGAUCGUUUGGAUCGCGGAUCAAUACGAUGCCAUCUGCUGCCACACCUCCAUCACCAAGAGACACUGGCUCCGGUUCUUCUACCUGUAUCAUUUCGCCUUCUAUGCCUACCACUAUCGGUUCAACGGGCAAUAUAGUGGCCUUGCUCUGGUCACCUCCUGGCUAUUCAUUCAGCAUUCCAUGCUCUACUUCUUUCAUCACUACGAGCUGCCAGUGAUUCUGGAACAAGCGGAGGUGCAGCGGCUUCUCCGGUCUCGAGGGGGACAGGGGCACAACCACAAUCACCACCACCACCACCCCAGUAACCAUCCCGAGAGCCAUUCCGCUUCCUCAACGGCGACAACGGGCCCUACCUUAUCAGACACUCCAGAACCCCCUCUCACCUUCAGCACCAGUGCCAACAACAUCAGCAAUCCAAGUGAUUCUGUCCUCGGCAGAGGAACUGCCAAUGCCAAUGGUCCCGUCCUCCAUGGACAGAGGACAGAAAUGAGGGACCCGGACAGUGGGGAAAGUAGAAAUUGAAGACAAUAUUUAAAAACAGGGAGAUAACUAGAGAAAUCUCAACCCUACCGGCCUCUCCUUCAUGGAUGGAGGAGUCUGUCUUUGUGAUAUGCAAUGGGUGAUACGUCCAGAGAACAGAAGUCUCACUCUCUUGAGAGGAAAGUCUAGUCGUCGUACAAGAGCCCUUUCAUCCUCACGUUGCUGCAAGAGAGUGCAUUUUACCUAUGCUGCAUAGAGUUUGGAAGAAGUUGAAAGAUGGUGCUGAAAGUGAAAGGUCAUGAUGGAUCCAAUUGCCCUGUCACUGACUCAAGUGUUGAUGUUUAAUGUCGCCUUUGUGAUAGAGAAUCACUUGACGGCUCUGCCCGUCAUUGAUCAUUCCAUGAUUCUUACUGUCCAUCUGCUGCCAACCAAAAUCUAGCAGCCAUCACCUUGUUGAAAUAUUCUCCCCAGCCCGAAUUUUUUGGGUAGAGAUACGUGCUGUUUUGAAGUGAGGGGAGUUGUUGCAAACCUCAUUUGAUUUCCAGGUCAAAUCAAGAGUGUCAUGAGAUGUAAUGCAUCUUGGUCCAAUGCAGAGAGCUUCUCAGUCCUCUCUCAGAGAGCCUGAAGCGGAACUCGUUUCUUAUUCUCCUUUCCCCACGAUUAGGAAGCUCUGUGAAGUGAUUUCCAGGUCAAAUGGGGAUUGUAUUGAUGUAUCCAAGGAGUUGAGCAGCAGCAGAGUGAAUUUACCCAAAUUUCAGGAAUAAUAGUAUGGGAAAUAAAGGCUCCUACGAUCA